CUACGCUUUGCGUCGCUCUGCCAGGAGCAGUCACCUCCUCCUUGGCAAAUAGUCCUCGGCGGGGUCCGAGUUCUUGGAUAAUAGGAGAGGGGAGGCACGAGAAGUUGCGGUCAGGGGACGCGGGAUCGACAAGCAGAGGGAGAUAGGGACCGAAGUUUCUGCGAUAGUGUGCAAAGUUAGUUAAAAACUCCUUCCGACCUACGGAUCCCUCCGCCUGCAGUAGCGGUGGUGAGGCCGAGGGAGCCGCCAUUUUGGAUGUUCGGUUCCUGCUGCCCCUGCUGCCACUGCUGCUGCCGCCCCCGGAGCUGCAGGUUUCGUUCGAGGUUUCGGGCCGAGGAUGCCAGCCCCCAUCAGAUUGCGGGAGCUGAUCCGGACCAUCCGGACAGCCCGAACCCAAGCCGAAGAACGAGAAAUGAUCCAGAAAGAAUGUGCUGCAAUUCGGUCAUCUUUUAGAGAAGAAGACAAUACGUACCGGUGUCGGAAUGUGGCAAAAUUACUAUAUAUGCACAUGCUGGGCUACCCUGCUCACUUUGGACAGUUGGAGUGCCUCAAGCUUAUCGCCUCUCAAAAAUUCACAGACAAACGCAUUGGCUAUUUAGGGGCAAUGCUGCUGUUAGAUGAAAGACAAGAUGUCCAUCUUCUCAUGACCAACUGUAUCAAGAAUGAUCUUAAUCAUAGCACGCAAUAUGUACAGGGGCUAGCACUUUGUACCCUCGGCUGCAUGGGCUCCUCAGAGAUGUGCAGAGAUCUUGCAGGAGAGGUAGAGAAACUCCUGAAAACCUCCAACUCUUACUUGAGAAAAAAGGCAGCACUUUGUGCUGUUCAUGUCAUCAGGAAGGUUCCUGAACUUAUGGAGAUGUUCUUACCAGCAACAAAAAAUUUGUUGAAUGAAAAGAACCAUGGUGUCCUUCACACUUCUGUAGUCCUCCUCACAGAAAUGUGUGAGCGAAGCCCAGACAUGCUUGCACAUUUCAGAAAGCUUGUGCCCCAGUUAGUUCGUAUUCUAAAGAACCUCAUCAUGUCCGGAUAUUCACCAGAACAUGAUGUUUCUGGGAUCAGUGACCCCUUUUUGCAGGUACGAAUUUUGCGGUUAUUAAGAAUUUUAGGACGAAAUGAUGAUGACUCAAGUGAAGCUAUGAAUGAUAUAUUAGCACAGGUUGCCACUAAUACGGAGACUAGUAAAAAUGUAGGAAAUGCUAUUCUUUAUGAAACGGUUUUGACUAUCAUGGAUAUUAAGUCAGAGAGUGGACUGCGAGUCCUAGCCAUAAAUAUCCUGGGUCGUUUCUUAUUGAACAACGACAAGAAUAUUAGAUAUGUAGCUUUAACAUCUUUGUUGAAGACUGUGCAGACAGAUCAUAACGCAGUACAGAGGCACAGAAGUACCAUUGUGGACUGUCUAAAAGAUUUGGAUGUCUCAAUAAAACGGCGUGCAAUGGAAUUGAGUUUUGCCCUGGUAAAUGGGAAUAAUAUUCGAGGCAUGAUGAAGGAAUUGCUUUAUUUUCUGGAUUCAUGUGAGCCAGAAUUUAAAGCAGACUGUGCAUCUGGAAUCUUCCUUGCUGCAGAAAAGUAUGCACCUUCCAAACGGUGGCAUAUAGACACAAUUAUGCGCGUUCUGACAACGGCAGGAAGCUAUGUUCGUGAUGAUGCAGUUCCCAACUUGAUCCAGUUAAUAACCAAUAGCGUGGAGAUGCAUGCCUAUACUGUCCAGCGCUUGUACAAAGCAAUUCUUGGUGAUUAUUCUCAGCAACCUUUGGUUCAAGUAGCUGCCUGGUGUAUAGGUGAAUAUGGAGAUCUUCUUGUGUCUGGCCAAUGUGAAGAGGAAGAGCCUAUUCAGGUAACAGAGGAUGAAGUGUUGGAUAUUUUAGAAAGUGUCCUAAUCUCUAAUAUGUCCACCUCUGUGACACGAGGUUAUGCCCUCACUGCCAUUAUGAAGCUUUCUACUCGAUUCACCUGUACUGUAAACCGAAUUAAGAAAGUGGUUUCCAUCUAUGGAAGCAGCAUUGAUGUGGAGCUCCAGCAGAGGGCAGUAGAAUAUAAUGCACUUUUUAAGAAAUAUGACCAUAUGAGGUCUGCCCUGCUUGAGAGAAUGCCUGUCAUGGAAAAAGUGACCACAAAUGGCCCUACUGAGAUUGUGCAAACAAAUGGAGAGACAGAACCAGCUCCUCUAGAGACCAAGCCACCCCCCUCUGGGCCACAGCCCACCAGCCAGGCCAAUGAUUUAUUGGAUUUGUUGGGAGGAAAUGACAUAACACCUGUUAUUCCAACUGCACCUACAAGCAAACCAGCUUCUGCUGGUGGAGAACUUCUUGAUUUGCUGGGAGACAUCAACCUUACAGGUGCUCCAGCUGCUGCUCCCGCCCCUGCCUCAGUCCCACAGAUAUCCCAGCCCCCCUUCUUGUUGGAUGGGCUUUCAUCACAGCCUCUCUUCAAUGACAUUGCUACAGGCAUCCCCUCCAUCACAGCAUACAGUAAGAAUGGCUUGAAGAUAGAAUUCACCUUUGAACGGUCAAACACCAACCCCAGUGUCACAGUGAUAACGAUACAGGCCUCCAACAGCACAGAGCUGGACAUGACGGACUUUGUUUUCCAGGCUGCAGUACCAAAGACAUUCCAGCUGCAGCUUCUGUCUCCUAGCAGCAGCAUCGUCCCAGCAUUUAAUACGGGGACCAUCACACAAGUCAUUAAAGUUCUGAACCCACAGAAGCAACAGCUGCGAAUGCGGAUCAAGCUCACAUAUAAUCACAAGGGCUCAGCAAUGCAAGAUCUAGCAGAGGUGAACAACUUUCCCCCUCAGUCCUGGCAAUGAGGGUCCAGCACCAUUCUCAUUCUUAUCCCACUCAAUCAAAGGAACUCUGGGAAGGAGAUUGUGAUCGCUGCAAGUCCCCCCCAACUGUACCAUGGGCAUGAGGAGCUGAAGAGGACUGUUGAGGAGGAUUUUCCUAAAGUUAUUGCUGACCUUGAAGCGUUGUUAAAGACUAACCUCCUCUCCUCCACUGUUGAGGCCGGCUGCUUCUGGAGGCUACUUUGCACUCUUCCUCCUCCUCUCCUUUUUCUGCACUUCUCCACCCCUCCUACAUUUACAGCCAGAAUCAACAUUCCCUGAGCCCCUGAGGAAAUAAGCAGCUGGUCUGGAGGAGAGGACUGGAAUUCAUGGCAAGAAGACACUCACUCUGUCUCUGCAGCAAAGAGUUGCCCCUUCUUUUUACUGUGUUUCUCUGUGGACUGGGCGAGGUGGGGUAUUUACUCCUCACUAGCUGGGUUACCACCUUCAGGCGCUUUUUACAUCUGGCAUAUAGAACGGAAAUGUAACAGUGGACAUGAGGGAGCCUUGCCUUUUUCUACUGGUUCCCCCAAUGUUUGAAAGAGGCAUUAGGCUCCUGGUAGCCUUUUCUGUGCAUUACUGUAUACACACAGACACACACAUGUAUGUAUGUUUGUUACCAAGAACUGGUCAGACCUUGAAAGGUUAUUUGUAAACACUGGACAGAUGCAGUUAAAAAGAGCUUUUGUUUAGAUUUGGCAUGAAGGAUAUGGUGCUCUAUUUGUAAUAGAAACUUCAAAGGCUCUUCCAGCCCCCCUUUAUCUGCAUUCUUUAGCUGUAGUCAUGAGUACUCUCCAUGAUUUUAAAAAUUGAUUCCCCUUAAAGUGCAAAGUGGACAAUUUACAAAAGCUAUAUUAAUAGUUAUUAAUGCCCCUAUUCCCACUACAAAUUUUAAAGUUUCUCCCAAACCCAUAACUUGCCUGAACUAUGGUAAAUGGGUGGAAAGAGGAGUCUGCCACUUUUAAAGUACAGACUCCUUAACGAAAGCACCUUUGCCCACAGGAAGAGUGAGUAUCUGACUCACUCCAGAGCCUAUUGGAGUCAUCUUCUCCAUUACUCCAAAUCUCCCUUUUUAUUUCCUGAGCCUGGCUUGGACCUUGGCAUUCCGUUUGAAUUCCUUCUUCUAACUGGAACAUUUGUGUUGUAUCUGUAACACUGGCACUGAAAUAAAGACCACGCAGUUAAAGAAA